UCAAAAUGGUAGAUAUUGAAAUGGCUGAUGUUUAUCAUGAGAAGAAUAAUAACUGUACAGAUCUUCAAAAAGAUAAAAAAGACUUAAUUGACGAAGAGAAAAUUCAAGCUAAAGAAAACGACGCAAACAUUAAGAAGACUGUUGAGGAUGCGCCAGAAUUUGAGGAAGAUGAUCUAGAGGUUGAGAAAAUUUUAGAUAAAGUGGUGUAUGAAGAUGGCAAAGUGUAUUAUCUGUUACGAUGGAAAGGUUACGGCCCUGCAGACGAUACAUGGGAGCCACCAGAAAACCUUGCAUGUGAAGACCUCAUAGAAGAAUUUGAAAAACAAAGACAUGCUGCGAAAGCCAAGGAGAAAAAGAAGAAGCUAGCUGCCACGAAAAAUAGGCCAACAAAGAAUAAAUAUGCGAUGGCCGACAAUGACAGCCACUUCAUAGAGCCCUAUGGUUUUGAAAGGGGACUAGAAGCCGAAGAAAUUGUAGGUGCUACAGACGAUGGUGGGACACUAAAGUUUCUCAUCAAGUGGAAAGAGGGCCCCCAAACAGAUAUCGUUCUUGCCAAAGAAGCAAACCAAAAGUGCCCACAUGUUGUCAUCAAGUUUUACGAAGAGAGGCUUUCGUGGGCGACCCGGAAACCAGAGAAGAUCAAGUCGGAGUCAUCAAGCAGUCAUUCAUCAUAAGUUUAAAGUUAGAACACAGAUUUUAGGUUUAGUAGAAAAGGUGGUAAUUUUAUCGGACAUUUUAAGAGUUUUUGCGACUUAAUUAUUAGAAAUUAAUGGCUUAAAGCAAAUCAAUCGUUCAUUUAAAAUAGAUACGCUCUGAUUAAACACCAAGGGUUACAUAUUUUCUGUAAUAAUUAAUAUAUGCCACUUAUUCUAACAUCUUGACGCAGACUUCUGUGUAGGUUCUGUUUUGCUAGCUAUUACCUCAUUGUGUCAAAUUUCCUCGAGUUUCGAUGUAUGAUCGGUCAUCCAAAUUAUGCUAAAUUACGUGCAAGUUCGAUCCAAGUCUCAUUUGUCUUCCUCAUUUUACAAAGUUGUUACUUAGAAGUCUUACUCUUUCUUUCAUGUCUACUCUUCACUGAAAAGCGCUACUUAAUUUUAGAUUCAUUCGAUGCUAUAAUUGAAAUGACCCCAAGUUUUUCUUUUGCAACUUAGUUCAACUUGUUCAACCUUAAAUAUUAGAUGCUAAUUUGUUGUUUUACUUUUUGUACCUUAGUCCGGUAGAUUGUGGACCAAAUACUGCAGUGCUCAAUUUAAUUUGAACUUUUAAA